GAGAGCGCGGCGCGGUUCAGUCCGGUUCAGUGCGGCGAAGUUGGCCGAUAAGUGCGGUUCGUGCGCUGACGAGAGACCGGGGGACGACUCCAGUGACCUGCAGUCAACGCGGCCCAGAACAGAAGCGCGUAGAAUCGUCGCGCGUGAAGUUCACAUCGCAUUCCCCCUGCGUGAAUCCCGGGCCGGACCCCGGGCCUACCAAGAUUCUGCGACACACGCUUGGCGUGAUCCGGAGGAGGAUGACGACGGCGGUCGACAAGGAGGAGGCGCGGAAGCGGCUGACGCCGCUGCAGUGGCAUGUGACGCAGGAAAAAGGCACGGAGAGGCCGUUUACCGGUUGCUACAACAAGUUCUACGAGAGGGGGACGUACACCUGCGUCGUGUGCGAUCAGGAACUGUUCUCCUCGGACACGAAGUACGACAGCGGAUGCGGCUGGCCGGCGUUCAACGAGGUUCUAGAUCAGGGCCGCGUUAAAUUGACCAAAGACACCUCUCACGUCGGCGGCAAUCUACUACUGCUGAUCGCAAACCCAGAUAUGGUGCGGACCGAGGUGACCUGUUCCAAGUGCGACGCGCACCUGGGCCACGUGUUCAACGACGGGCCGAAGCCUACGAGGAAGCGGUUCUGCAUCAAUUCCGCCUCCAUAAGCUUCCAUUCGGCGGGAGAGGAGAAGUCUACGUAAAACCAGCUUGCGCGCGCGCGCUCAUUGCAUUCUGUCUAAUAUUUAUAUACCGAGAGUUGUAACACCCUCGUGCUAUAAAUAUUGAAACACCACCGUCUUUAUUUAUUUUGUGUUGUGUAAAAAAGAAAUAAAGUAAUUCUCGUCAAGAUACCAAAUAGGCUGUUUGUAAAUGUGAGUUUUAUAGAAAAUAUUUAAAAUAACGUUUUAUCACUUCUGACAAUGUGCUAAUUAAAACUAACGUUUCUACGUCAUUUAAUGCAUUCGAUUGAUUGUAACGUUUAAUUGUACAUUUAUCCUUCGUAAUGUAUUCGCAAAUACUCCUUUGUACGUCGAAGCUUCGAGUUCGCAAGUUAAGAAACCGUACUGUUGACGUGAAUAUAGAGCGUUUCCGACCGACUUUUCACUUGCGACGAGAAGCUAACUCCAUGCUAUCAGUUCUCUUGAAUCUCAUUGUAAUACCGUCUACUCUUUCGACAUUACACAAAUGUACAUAUCCGUAUCAGAGUUUAACAAAGUGUAACACCCACGCGGAAUGUAUAUGUACGCCGCAUGAGAAAGCGUGAUACUGAACAGGUGAUAGAGAUUGUCUAACCGAGAGAUGUUAUUUUUCCAAUAAAUCGCCAUAAUGUGUAAAUAUCACCUAUUCUAAUUUAAUAUAAUAAAAUGCGAUAGCCGUCAAUUCUCGUUCCUCUUACCUCAAGACAGGGUAGGGCGUUUUGUAUGAAGAAGAGAACGUGUUUGUUAUAAAAUGUUUCCUUAUAUUGUAACGUUUCAAAACAAACUGAAAGGUGUUAUAAUACAAUAUAUACGCAAAA